CCACUCAAAUUGAAAACCGCGCGGAAUUGUGGGACUCGUAACAAAAAAAACUACUUCCAAGAUGUCUGACAUGGAGGAUGACUUUAUGUGCGAUGAUGAGGAAGACUAUGACUUGGAGUAUUCUGAAGACAGUAACUCUGAGCCGAAUGUGGAUUUGGAAAAUCAGUACUACAAUUCCAAAGCUUUGAAGGAGGAUGAUCCUAAAGCAGCGCUGAGCAGCUUCCAAAAGGUAUUGGAACUGGAAGGUGAAAAGGGAGAGUGGGGAUUUAAAGCGCUCAAACAGAUGAUUAAAAUUAACUUUAAGUUGGGUAAUUAUCCAGAAAUGAUGAACCGAUAUAAGCAGCUGCUAACAUACAUUCGGAGUGCAGUCACAAGGAAUUAUUCAGAAAAAUCCAUCAAUUCCAUCCUUGAUUAUAUAUCUACUUCUAAACAGCAGCAGAAGUCGAUGAAGAGGCAGGGUAGCAACGGGGAAAUCGCAGAAACGGACCUGAAAGCUUGCUUUGGAGGGGAAGCUGAAUCCAAGAUGGAUUUGUUGCAAGAAUUUUAUGAAACCACGCUUGAAGCUUUGAAAGAUGCAAAGAAUGAUCGGUUAUGGUUUAAGACAAACACGAAGCUUGGCAAACUGUAUUUGGAAAGAGAAGAAUUUGGGAAACUGCAGAAAAUAUUGCGCCAGCUCCACCAAUCAUGUCAGACUGAUGAUGGUGAGGAUGAUUUGAAGAAAGGAACACAACUAUUAGAAAUUUAUGCCCUUGAGAUCCAGAUGUAUACUGCACAAAAGAACAACAAGAAAUUGAAAGCACUGUAUGAACAGUCUUUACACAUUAAAUCUGCCAUCCCUCAUCCACUUAUCAUGGGAGUUAUUAGAGAAUGUGGGGGUAAGAUGCACUUAAGAGAAGGAGAAUUCGAAAAGGCACAUACUGAUUUCUUUGAGGCAUUCAAGAAUUAUGAUGAAUCAGGAAGCCCUAGACGUACCACCUGCCUGAAAUAUUUGGUUUUGGCUAAUAUGUUGAUGAAGUCAGGAAUUAAUCCUUUUGACUCUCAGGAGGCCAAACCAUACAAGAAUGAUCCAGAGAUUCUUGCAAUGACAAAUUUAGUAAGUGCCUAUCAAAAUAAUGACAUCACUGAAUUUGAGAAGAUUCUGAAAACCAAUCACAGUAACAUCAUGGAUGACCCCUUCAUAAGGGAGCACAUAGAAGAGUUAUUGAGGAACAUCAGAACACAAGUGCUGAUAAAAUUAAUAAAGCCUUACACGAGGAUACAUAUACCUUUUAUUUCAAAGGAGUUGAACAUAGAUGUAGCUGAUGUAGAGAGCUUGUUGGUGCAAUGCAUACUGGACAACACUAUCCAUGGUCGGAUUGAUCAAGUCAACCAAUUGCUUGAAUUGGAUCAUCAGAAAAGAGGCGGGGCUCGGUAUACUGCAUUAGAUAAAUGGACCAAUCAGCUUAACACGCUCAACCAAGCAGUUGUCAGCAAAUUGGCUUGAUGCAAUUUAGGCUUCUACAGUAACACAAUAAGGAAAAAAAAAUGCAGUGAUGUAAACCUUAAAAACUGAGAAUGGCUGAUCUGCUGUUGGUUGGCCCUGAAGACUAGCAGAACUAUGGCAGAAGUGCAUUUUGAUCAACUGGUUUGUGUUUUGUUGCUGCAUUUGUCCCAAGACACAGCUUUAAUCUGAAGAAAACCAAACUGCUACAGGACUUGUGGUUUAUCAACAAUGUGCCCUCCAUCGUAAGGGAAAAGACAGUCCAAGAGCUGUUAGUGUCAAAAUUUAAAAACAGACUCUUCACUUUGACAUCUAAAUAUUUUAGCAUUAGAAAACCUCUAUCUGAAAUGUUAAACCAAACCUGCAAUAAUUUGAAAAUGUGUACCAGUUUUUGGAAAUACAUUCUUUCAUGUAUGAUUUGGCAUGAUUGCGUCAUACUACAAAAUGUUUUGUCAACUUCCAAAUUAUGUGGCCCAUGAGUUCUCUGUACCUCCAGUGUAGUAAAACUUCAGACAGGAACCUUCAUCUGUGGCACACUCACAUUAGGAUUGAAGCAGCAAAAUAAAAUACAGCUCAGAAAUUGGAAAUGCUGUAAUUUUGGAGUGCUUCCAUUGUUUUUUUUUUUCCGUUCUUAACAAUUCACAUAAAAAGCAUGCACACUUUCCAUCUCUUUGGCCCCAGUAGAUCUGCUCCACAUACUUUAAAAUAUAAGGUUUAUUAAAACAAAGUGGGAAUUCAAUUGCCUUAUCCAGAAAAAUUUCCAUUUUUAACUAGUUUCAGUGUAGUAUGUCAACUAGCCUAGUACACAGAACUGAAAGCAUAUCAUUUGGUAGUUUAUACACUUUCAAUGCAAGACAUCUGGGUAUUGUGCCAUAGAACAAGUUCAACCUUUUGCAAGCUUUAAUUGGCUGAAGCUAUUAAAUGCAGUUAUUCUUGAGGGUGCUGCCUGUGUGAAUAGUCAAAAUACAGCACUUUGAUCUUGGAAUUUAAGUGGCUUUUUUAAAAAUAUGUCUUAUUACUGAUGAAUCAGAAAAAUAAACAGUUAUCACAAA